GGUGUGCUUCUAGAGAUGCUAAAAACCAGCUGGGGUUUGGAAUAAGUACGUGUCACUUCACAGCUGUACAGCAAAACUAAUCGAAAAUGGGAAGAGGUUAUGUUGUUGAGGCUGUAGUGGAGAAAUAUUUCUCCAGUUUAGAGGCUGGCAGUGCAGCCUUUACUACUGGCUUAUUAAUUGGUCAGUCCUCACCCCAAAGAGACUAUGUGGUACUGCCUACUAAGACACCGCAGAGAGGGACUGAAAGCAGUAGCGGCGCACUGGACGAUGUUGAUAUCGAGUGGGUGACUGAGCAUGCAAAACAGGUAUCAAGAAUGCUACCUGGUGGUCUGUCUGUGCUUGGUGUGUUCAUGAUCGUUCUUCCAGAGCUGUCUAAAGAAGCCAUGAAUACCCUGCGAAAGUUAGUUUUCGCAGUUGACAAGUACUUAACUAAAGGAACGCUUUGGGAUGGCACAGAUGAAGAUGUCACGGAGAGGGUCGCCCUUCAGAUCUGCUCCAAAACCCGUAAAGUCGUUUGCAAAACGUUCGAUGUGAAAGAUCCAAAGAGCUCAGCUAAACCAGCAGAUUGGAAGUACCAGAGUGGCGUGUCUUCCAGCUGGCCAGUAGUGACAUGCUCCGUUAGACUGGACCUUCGUCUCCCAGUAUUGGACAGGUCUUCAGAGGAAAAGCACAAGAGUAUUAAGGAAGGACUCCAGCGGUGGGCCAAGCGAAUCAUAGCCAGCACCUGUCUCAUCAAUGGCAAAGUCAUGGCCCCUGAGGCAGAGCUGGUGGCUGGACAGAAGAGAAACCCUAAACUCGGCCAGCAGAAAUUCCAGGCGCAAGUCCUCCUCCCUCCUAUGGAGACCCAGUUGGAGUCGAGCGUGUGUGUGGCAGCCCAGCCCAGUCCCUCUGUGGUGAUCAGAGGCCAGGUGUCCUGCAGGGCCUACGUCCACUCCAAUAAGCCAAAAGCCGGCCAGGCCAUGGAGGCCAUUAAGAGGGACAUCGUGAACACUGUGUCCUGUCGGGUGGACAUGCUCUUCGACGACCUCUACAUGGAUCAGGCCGAAGACCGAGGGGCUGCAGAGGGACAGCAGUGUUUGCCCCUCAGAGUGUUUGCCCCUGUGCCCGAGGCAGGUUUCUGUGUGUGCGACUACAUGUUUCCCGACGAGAGUGUGGCCGAGGUGGCCGAGCACCUCCAGGAGAUGCUGGACUGCAGCGUCACGGAGGAGAGCAUCUGCUCUGGCCUGGAGGUCAGUCACGUAGAGCCCUCCACACCAGCACCAGCACCCGCACCCACACACGGCACAGGCAUCCACCAGGAGGAUACGCCUCCACACCUACAGACGGAGGCCCCUAAAGACGUCCCCAAAAAACAGAAGAACUUUGGCUACUUUGUCGGGGUGGUCGUGGCUGGCGGAGUAGCAGUCUUGGCAGCUGUGACCUCCCUGCUUUAUCUUGGAGAAUAACCAUGUGAUGGGACUCAUAGACAUGUGCUUCGAGGACACAUGGCCAAUGGAAUGACACAGAAUCAUUAAAAUCAAUUUGGAUUUAGUUAAUUCAAGAUUCAAAGUUGGUUACACUUUCAGUUCUGUUUAUGUCAUGCCUACUCUGUUGAGGUCUAAUAUGAACUGUGCUCGUUUUGUGUUGCUGCUGUGGGACUUAGUAAUGUAGGGUAAGAAAUUAAAUAAAUGAAUUUGUAUUUC